CGGAGGCUGCGGCCUCGCACCAGUUUUGUUUUUCCGGUGUCGUCUCACCGCCCCACAAGAGCUUCGGUCUCUCUCUUUCCCCUCUUCGACCUCUGACGAGAAGCACGUGUGCGGCGCGAUUUGUGUGUUGGUUUGCGCGUAGGGCCGCGACUCGAGUCGAGAGGGCUAAAAUCGCGUGCGACCACCGCUACGCGACAGUUCAGUAGGCGGGCUGCAGCCACGGCUGCAGGUAGCACCUGUUGUUUGUUCGGCAGUGUGACAUACGCUCGAGGGCGCGCACACACGCACGCACAUGCUCCAAAAGAUUAUACCCGGCCCGCCGCACAGUGCCUGGAUUGCGUUGCGCUAUAUAUAUAUGAUACGGUUGUGGUGUGUUACCUAUUUCUGCAUCCUGCGCGGAUGUUGCUUCAUGAUCGAGCGUCGGUUCCGCUGCUCGGAAUGAUGACGGUGGACGCGUUCGUCGAGCAGGACGUUGCUGUUGUUACGGGAACGACGUGAAACGAAGUCUAUCGGCGUGUGCGGAUUUCGACGACCGAAUUAUAGCGUUUGUAACUGCGGAUCGUCAGCUUCUUUCCGGUUCGUCUACUUUGGUCGUCUGCUUGUGUCCGGUUCGUCUGCUGUCGUCGUGUGCUUCCGUCCGGUUCGUCUGCCACCCGAGAAGCACGUCUUGCUGCUUUCGCCAUACGCAAGUAGUCUAAAAAAAAAAGUCGCAGAAAACUUUCAUACAACAACCUCUCUAGUCUUGUACAUCUUCAAGACGCUGUCACGUGCUCCACAUCGUGCAUGGGCUUAGCGUGCGAUAAUCUAUACCUGCGUGCACGGUUUUCGACUAUCGUCUAUAGCUCCUGCUGUUGCUGCUGUCGUCUACUUAUGUCCGGUUCGUCUGCUGUCCGGGAAGCUCCUCUUGCAAUUACUCCGAGUCGCAGGCAACUUUCAUACCACCACAUCUCCUUGGGGAAUAUGGUAACGUCUUUCUGAAACUCUUGUCCUUCUUGAAGACACCGUCGCCAGCUCUGCAUCGAAUGCGCGCUCUAUAUCGUAUACUCCUGCCAUCGAGGGAUUUUUCCAGGAUGUAGAGACAGGACUGUAACUGCUUUGAGACCAACGGCGCGAGUUUUUGGCAUAGGCACAUUGGCUUCUUCUAUGGCUGGCGACGUUGGAAAGGGACCAGCGAUGCGUGCAGUUGUUGAUGACGCGACACUGCUCGCAGCAGCUUGUGCUGUCGUCUGCUUGUCGUCUGUCCUAGAAUGACAGGAAGUCCUUCUUGUUUUUGCCUUUCCAGUUGUCAGUUUGUGGAGCAUCGUAUAGGGAAGUUUUAAGCUAUGGUUAGUUUUCAUUGCCCCCCCCCCCCCCCCUUCCCUCCUCACAUCAGCACUGCCUUCAUUCCGUAGCAUGGUGUCCCGAAGCUCCACUACACUAAAUGCCGUGUGUAUAUGUAAUACCUGGAACCAAGUCACGGGGUACAGUGCUUUACGCAUCUGCGGCACGCAUCAAGGCAUUGUCUUCUUUGUUCACGAGUGAGUCUCGAGUUUCGACGCGAGAGGGCAUUGCGAGACGCCGGAAGUGUGUUAACGCGUGUCAGGACGUACGAAACGCCAGCCCUGCUACAGCCCAUGUGUGAACUUAUCUUGCUCGGCUUUGGUUGUUGAUAAUCAGGAGAGUAGUUUACGACCGCAUUAGCGACCUGUUUUCCUCUGAAAGCCGGUUCAGUGUUAACAACCUUAAUUUUAAGUCCGGUACGGAAAGAGAAAACAUUGUGGAAGCCUGAUCUUUACAGCCCGAAGAUCUGAAAAUUCGGACCCUGUUUAUGACUGGGAAACGGAUGUUUCUGUUGUUUGUCAAGGUACCACAGCGUCGAUCGGGGCUAUUCGUAUAAACCCUCGUAAGGAAACGAUUUGGGUGUUAGGUCGUCCUGCCGUUCGUGAUAAUGCGUUCGUGAUGUGCGCAAUGGCCUUAUAUAACAUACAAGCGGCAAACACGGAGGUAGAAGCGUCUGCUCGAAAAUCGUCUGUAUGAAUCGUAUGUAUAUCACCACUGCCUCCGACACUUCUUUUGUUUUCACUUCUAUGUGAGACGCACGUAGUCGUAAUUUCAGCGAGUCGGCGCUGAAUGAUUUAGGUGCCUCGAAAAUUCCGGUCGUUUCCUGUGAAGUUAUUUCAGCAUGCGGUGAAAACACAGUCACAAAGGCCAUAUAUUUUUAUAACAGACGACACAGCUAGUUGUCAUCUGUUCCGCACGACCACCUGGUACAAUUUUGUCGUCUGCUGUUUUCGUCUGUCUGACGCACACGUCGGUGAAGCUCGGGAAGCGAGUUUUGAAUCCAGGUAUUUUCUACUGUGUUUGUGAAAUUUUUUUACCGGUGCGCCUGUUUUACAGGCGAGUCGAGUUGGGACGCUGCGGAAACGGUUCGUAUGGAAAUACCGAUGUGAAGUGCGAAGAUAUGAGUGCAGCAUUGUUGUCUGCCAUCACUGCAAACGGAUAUCUCCUUCCGUCCAACGUGUCUUGCGGCUAUAGGACAGAUAAUGUUUGCUGACGCGUUAGGCCUUAUCAGUUGCCAUUUUUGUCCAGGCGGAGUAGAUUCGAGAAUAGAAAUGGUGCACUUUGACAUCUUUGUUGGGCAGAGAACACGAAGACGUCUUAAACGAUAACCGUCGAUGGAAUCCGCGCUUGCAGCCGUUUGACCUGUCAAGUAAACGGUUCUCUUGUCAACGAGUGGCUCGUUUUCAACAAUGCGUGGAAAUAUAUGCUUCUGAGGUCUCCGUUUUCCCUCUUAUUGCGUUCGUAUAAACUUGCUGCUGGUUUCGGUAGCUUUUCAUAUUCGGCCAAGUAGGAAUCAAAUUUCUUUUGUCAAUUAUUUAUGCGAUCUACUCACGUUUGAUGCAGAUUAGGACACCUCCACAGCUCAAAUCGUGUGGGGCAAAGUGAUCCUCUUCUCCAUCAGUGUCGUAUUCGAAUUGGUGUGUCUCCACCUGACAAGAACGACCGACCGACAUCCAGAAAUUCGAACAAAAGCGUCGCUUCGACGCUCAUUGUCUUCAGCACGACCCUUAUAAGAGACUGGAGAUAGACACCUGCUCAGGUAAUCUCUGAGUAACGGCGAUACGGUACGUCUGUUUGCGAAGCUGAUAACCUCUAAGCCUAAAGAAGACUGAGCUUGCGCAUUCAAACGUGUUUACCGUGGCAUUUGCAGACACUCCAGCAACGUGUUUUAGCAUCAGAGGGGAAGUUUUGCAUCUAUCUUGAGACGCCGUAUGCGCGCAUCAACGGUAUCCAGCUGUCUUAACGUUACCGUACCACCCGCUUGUUCGAAAUGAAUUCACAACGGAACGUGUAGCUCGCACGUUUAUCACGUGAGCGUUCUUUUGUGUGUGUGUGCUUCUGGAGUCGUCACAGGCACUCUGCGCAAAAGCUUGUGCAGACGAGUCGGCUCGUCAACGUCCUGAAGUUGACGUCUGAGGCCCUUUCGGAAACCUCACUUUCCUCCUUCAGGGAGACAGCAGUGAUCCUGAGUCACGUGACGUAUCAACAAGCCUUCUCUGGACUCCAUACGCUGCGUUCAAACUCGCUAUACUGACCAAUCGCUCGCUAGCCACUUGUAAUCUGCGUUCAAUCGUCGCAGAAAUGACACGUUGCCACGCUACUGGUCAACUUUCAACGGCGUGUGGUGACGUCAAAGGAAACUUUCAACGAAUCAUGCACGCGACCGCACCGGACCACGUUUGGUCGCCUAUGCAUUCUUAAACGUCACGUUGGUUAAGAAGACGGUAAACUUGCAAUUGCUGCGCAAGCACGCUGUACUGGAGAGGUUCGGGCGAAGUCCUUCACCGCUAAGCGAACGUCUGCGCUUCGGCGCAAAAAAGUAGAAGAAAGAAAAACUAGGCGUACUCGACCAACUGAAAAUUGUUACGUCUGCAUGGAGCCGCUGGACGGACGCGAGCAGAGCUAUAUCUGCCAGAAUCCUGCGGAGUACUGAUGUCUGCUCUCGGUGCCAGGUGCGCGCUGUCGCCGCAAAUUCGUCUGCACAAACACGGACAAAAAAGGGUCGUACCGGGUGCAACCUUCUACUACUGCUAACCUGCCUCGAUCCCGGGCGAGUUUGCAUAACGCUAAGUGGGCACGUUGUCUCGAUACUGCACCACACUCUCCCUUAAAACACAACAACUUCGUCUGUCACGAAGUCGGCAAAGGUCGAAGUCAGCCAACCACAGCCGCCAGCUGUUUCACCUGACGCAGUGAGUGAACGCUUGUCGUCUGCACAGAUGCAGCAGAUGUAGGAGCAGACGAUGCACGAACGAACACACAAAAGAGGCGUUGCAUUUUGAGGUGAACGCCGUUAUCAGUUGUCCCCCUCCCUUUCCAUUCUUAUCUUUGUCCCUCUAGAGCUCACUCUGCACUAUCGAUUUCACAGGUGGAGGAAAAGAACCGGCAAAAUACAGCGAGCGAUAUUUAGUUGUCGAGCCGUCAAGAGCUCGCGUUGUGGUUCCGUGCGUGUGUGCGACAACUUCGGUGACGACCACAUGCAGCUGUUACACUAGCAGAAGUAAUAACUCCAACAACAUCAAAAGAGAGAAAGAGAGAGGGAUACCGUCACUAGUAGGCUCUUGUGCAGUACACGUGCUUAUUAUACUGUUGCAAGACUAUGGUGUACGACGGACGAAUCGAAGUGCGGUGUCGGAUAUAUGAGCUCAACUUGUGCGAAGUUGUGAAGCAUCCGUUCUCGACCACUGACCGCAAACUCGUAACGUUCUGUGGCUGCCUCGGACGUGCAAACAUGUUGCGGUGAUGUCGUCGGCGUUCAUCAUUCGUGGUGAAAGUGAAAUCAAAAACGCGGUAUAAACACCGGAACUUUGACGUAUACUGUGCAACUGACUCAGCCAAGCUGCGUACCCCAGACAACAACCGCUGUCGUCUGUCGUAAGGCUAUAGCAGAAGACACAGAAGUUCACCGCUACCGAGAUGCCAAGCUACUCUUGCCUGACAAACUUCACGUCGACCGCCAAGCGAUGGGUGCCGAUCCUGGGCCUCGGCGUGGUCGUCUACGUCGCCUUCUGGACCAUGGGUUACAAUCCGGUCGCCCCGCCGUCACUGCCGUACUGGACGCGAGGGGGCGCAACCGUCGCCGUCGCGGAGAGCUCCUACGCCAACGAUCGGGACAGUCGAGCGUCGCAACAAAGUUGGCGUCUUUGGUCAAAGGCGGUCGGUUCUGCCAACACGCUUGCGGGAAAUGAACAAGUUGUAACAGCAUCGAAGCAGGGGCGGCCCGGGACAAAACCAGCAUCAGUAGACGCGACGAAAGCUCCGGUGAAAUCGUCAUCGGAACCAUCGGGACCGGUGACAGCAGUGGCAGUGACGUCAACAAGACCGGCGGCAACGAGAGCAGCGGGGACAGCAGCGAGUAACGGCAUCGGGCAUACGUGGACACCGUCUGAUGAAUUGCUUCGUGGCUAUGACAAGGUACCUUUCCCGUUGGAGAACGUCACUGACUUACCGAACGCCUUUAAAGUCGCGUCGGACUGCCGGUGGGACCUCGACUACCUCUUCUUCGUCCACACCGCAGCGACUCACUCGGACCACCGGCGGGUCCUGAGGGAGGUCGUGGGCAACUCGACGUACGGCGCCCGGUACAACUGGACGGCCGUGUUCUUCGUCGGCAUGUCGCCCGUCGACAAGGUCGCCCGGAGCGUGGCCUCCGAGGCCGAAGCGAACGGCGACGUCGUCGUGCUGCCCUACCUGGACACGUACCGAAACCUGACGUACAAGUACGUGUACGGCAUCAAGUGGACCCUGGAGUACUGUCCGCGGGCGCGGUACGUCCUCAAGAUGGACGACGACAUCGUCGUGCACCUUCCGUCGCUGACGAAGAAGCUCGCCGCCGGUGGCAGACCUCCGGGUCCGCCGUCGUCGUCGCCCGCACCGAAUCCGUCGCCCGCAGCUCCUCCCAAGUUCUACUGUUGCGUCUGGAACGGCAUGCCGGUCCUCAGGCAAACGGCGCUGCCGUGGUACCUGUCCGAGAAGACGUACCCGAAGAAGGUGUUCCCCAGGUACUGCUCGGGAAGCGCGGUGUUCAUGGACUCGGCCGCGCUCCGACCCCUGUACAACGCUACUUUCACCGUGCCGUACAUACCCAUCGACGACGCCUACGUCACGGGUGAGCUGGCGGCCGUGGCGGGCGUGAAACACGAGUCGCUCAACCGUCUCUACUCGUUCGACUCGGCCAAGUGGAAGUCGGUGGUCGACGGCUCGCUCAUGGUCGUGCAGGUGUCGAACGCCGAGAAGCGCUCGAACGCUUGGAAGUCCGUGAUAGCGGCGCUCGAGGAACAACGGACAGCUGCCGCCGCGACGUCGUCGCCGACGUCGUCUUCGCGUACGGUGGUUACGCGAAGCGCAGGUGUGUCUGUGACGGACCCUUCGCGGACCACCGCAAGAAGUUCGCCGUACACAGUGAACGCACUUACUAGGACUCCUUGACGAGGUGUGCCGAUAGCACUAGAAUCAUUGCGAAUGUGGAAGGACAGCUCGAACUGGUCAGGAAAUUGAAGUGUAUAGCUUAUUCACUAUUUGUUAUUUUCCAUAUGCCCACGUCUCUUUGCUAGAGAAAUAAGCGGAGCGUGUCACUUAAUUGUUUAUAUAGAUGCACCAAAGCCGAUGGUUACUUAGUCCUUAUCUUGACAACGGUAUAUACUUUAUGGUCGGCGGCCUUUUGGUUUUGAAUUCAUAUUAUCAAACAAGUUUGUUCUCUAGAAAUGUUCAUAAGAGUGGGCAUCGGCUAAUCGCGCUAGCUGACUUAUAAAACGGGAGACGCAUGCGCAAUACGACGUAGUGUAUACCUCCACGUACGAUGUGCGGCGUGUCGGAAAGAUUGCAGCUCAGAGUGUUGGAACCUGUUUGGAACUACUUCGACGCGAUUACUUCAACGCGUCUAACCGAGGGCGGAAUCGUAUUGUGUGCCUUCUGCUUUAAGUUAUGAACAGAUGUGCGUCUAUCUAAACCGUACCAACCGUCAAACGACUGGUCAAACCAACAAGACGUACAACGAGCUUACAGAUUGUUCUCACACGUUUCCAACAGUCUUGGCAACUCUAUUAACGACGCGUCGCAUGGCUUCUGGCGUAUGUCAUUGUUUUAAAUCGCUUUAGAGGCGCACGUUUUAGGAUUGAAUUUCGGCAUACUGCUUUAGCGCAUCAGAGACGUUAGCUGACAACCGCAGUGCUGGUACAGACGUCUUACGACGCUGUGAUCAACCAUAACGUGCCAAAGAUUUGAAAAAAGAAAAUACAGAAAUGCCCUCACAGAUUCUUUCGUUUACGACACGUUUACACAUGUACGCGUGUGGUAUAGGAUAUAGAACGUUCCGUGAACUUUGUUUGAACACACUGAGACAAGAUGUCGACACCACUGCUGCUGCUUGCAUACACGAGCGUACAGUAAUGACCAUAAAGACAACACCUAAUUAGAAUGUUGGGACCGAUUACUGCUCAUAUUAGACAGGAGGGCGUCGCAACUGAUCUUUUAUCCACUGACGUCUUUUAUCAACUAAUGCCGGUGAUUUCGUUAUUGUUAUUUAUUAAAGAAGAGUACAUCACAGGGCUCCCGAAGCAGCAGUGAGUGAGGGGGAUACAAAUUAGGAAAGGAAAAAAGUGUCUGAGCAGACAACUCGAACAAAGCUAAGAUGUCGUGAAAUCGUGUAAGAAUGAAUACUAAAAAAGGCGUUCUCUUUAAGAGUGGAGCGCACUGUAUACACCGGUGCUACUCUGUAUAUGCCUAUGCUUGCAAUCUUCGCUUGCAAGUGGUUAAAAAUUCUUCUGUUGUCAAGCACAGGUGCCAAGCAAAUGUUAAACGGCUUCCUUAACAGUUUUGUGACUCAAUCUGACCCUUACAUCCAUUCGCAGCGACAAUACAAUAUCCAUACCCGGCACUGCAUGGCGGUUUGUCUAUUAGUGCAUCAAAUAAGGUUAUACGCCAAUUGGUUGGCCGUAGUCCAUAUGGCACGAAUUGAUACUUACAUAUCUGCAUAUGUGAUGAGCGCAAAUGCCAAUGCAACCGCACAAAAUAUUACCGUGCGCGUUUAGGCGUUUACUGCAGGCCAGUGGUAUAAUCCAUGUACACUGUGCUGUUUUCUUCUUUUUUUUUCUCUCGUAUGUUUUGUUUUAAAUUUAUGUUUGGCAACAGCUCAUUUUUAUAUUGUGAUAUUUACGUCCACGCUACUAAAAGUGGUGAGAUUAAGUCGAAGUUUUCAACUACACAAAAAUGUGGUAUUCGGAAACCAUGCAUACUUGAGGGCUGUAAAGUCAACGUCCGCAGGUGAGAGUGACCUGCCCUUCCGGUACUUAACGACUACUAUUCAACUGCGUAGUUAGUCUAAAUUAGUCAAAUUAGUUUGAAAGUGAGUGCGCGCUUUUAAGCAACGUCACACACUUUAUGCGACUGAACUUAACCGCAGCUAGUCUGUCACGUACCGCAUCCUUCUGUACGGUUGUUAUACACGGUUUCGUGAAUCUGCUAUUGAUUUGUUCUUAUUGUUUUUUGUUUGCAUACCACUGUACACUCCACAUGUGGCGAACAUUUUACAGAUUAGAUUUUAAAGCACGUACCUUUAAGAAACGUUGCGCAUGUAUGUGUUUUAACUUAACUGCGGAUAGUCAGUAACUGUCACCCUCUGGUGUAUACAGUUGUUAAAACGGUUUGGUGAGUGUGUUGUUAAUUUGGUACUUUUGUUUUGUUUGUACGUUUCGGGUGAUAGUUAACGACCCCAAUACAAUUGCGAAGAGCCUUUUAUACGUGAGUUCGAAGUCACGCAAUUUUAGGAAAGUUGGGCAUUUGUAAAUGAAUUUGACUGCCCGAUGCUUGUGCAGUCACUGCCCAUCAUGAUGCACACUUGUUAUAAAUGGUUUGUUGAGUCUGUUAUUGGAUUUGUUUAUUUUGGUUCUUUCUUUCUGUGCGUUUGGUGUUGUUACUUAGAUAUCACCAUUCAGCUGUGAAUAUAUUGCUACUCAUUUUUUCAGAACGCACAGAUUUCAGAAACGUUACGUAUGUGUGGCUGAACCAUGUACUGCAACUACAGUCAUUUCCAGUGCAUCCUGAUGUAUGUUAUAAACGGUUUGGUGAUUGCAUAACGUCUUACUGGUGUGUUUC